AAUCCUUAGCCCCAGUUUCCCAGGAACGCCCUUUGAUCCAGUUCUUUUUCUAUUAAAGGAUAGACCUGGGAUCUGAUUAGGCAUAACCAGGGGGCUGUGCAGAGGGAAAGAUGUGGAAGACUUCUCUGCUGCCCAAGGUCCUGACUUUGGGGGUCCUGGGCCUCCUGAUUCAAGCCCCAGGGCAUCAUGCAGAUGACUUCAUAAGGACCACUGAGUCUGGACAGAUCCAAGGGACUCAAAUCAGUAUCAAGGGGAUUGACAAAGUUGUCAAUGUUUUCUUGGGAAUCCCCUUUGCCAAACCCCCUGUAGGGGCCCUGAGGUUUUCUCCUCCACAACCACCAGAUUCAUGGAGCAAUGUGAAAGAUGCAACCUCUCAUCCACCCACGUGUUUGCAGGAUAUCAUUAUCCUAGAAAGAACGGCAGCAGUCAUGAAAGUAAACAUUCCUUUUCCUCCCAAUUCUGAAGACUGUUUGUACCUUAAUAUCUAUGUUCCUGUCCAUGCAAAAGAGGGAGCCAGAUUGCCGGUGAUGGUGUGGAUCCAUGGUGGUGGUCUCAUUUUUGGCGGUGCUUUCCUAUAUGAUGGUUCAAUAUUGUCUGCCUCUCAGAAUGUCAUAGUGGUCACCAUCCAGUACAGGCUGGGCAUCCUGGGGUUCUUCAGCACUGGGGAUGAGCACGCACCUGGCAACUGGGGUUUCCUGGAUCAGGUGGCUGCCCUGAGGUGGGUCCAGAAGAACAUUGCCCACUUUGGAGGAGAUCCUGGCCGUGUGACCAUCUUUGGCGAGUCAGCAGGGGGGAUGAGUGUUUCCUCACACGUUCUGUCCCCCAUGUCCAAAGGUUUGUUCCACAGAGCAAUCAUGGAGAGCGGCGUGGUCAUCCUCCCUGGCUUGUUUUCUUCCAGUUCAGAAAUGAUUGCAAAUGUCAUUGCCAAUCUGUCUGCUUGUGAUCCACACAGUUCUGCCUCCAUGGUGCAGUGCCUUAGGAGCAAAUCUGAGGGAGAGAUCCUGGCCAUUACCAAGCAUUUCAAGUUAGUCCCCAGUGUAAUUGAUGGACAAUUCUUCCCCAAACAUCCUGAAGAGUUGCUGGCUGCAGGAGAGUUCCACCACGUCCCUUCCAUCAUCGGUGUCAACAACCAUGAAUGUGGCUGGGUUAUUCCUGUGGAAAUGGGCAUUCCUGGAUUUAAGGAAAACAUGGAUAAAGAAACUGUCCAAUCAGUAUUGCAAAGUUCAUUUUUGGGUAUUCCUCCUGAGCUUGGGCAGCUGAUGAUGGAAGAGUAUUUAAAAGACACUGAGGACCCGGGAGGUUAUCGAGCUCAAUUCCAGGAUAUGAUGGGGGAUUCGAUGUUUGUUAUUCCUGCCCUCAAACUGGCCAAAUAUCAACACGGUCCCAGCUCUCCAGUCUACUUUUAUGAAUUUCAGCACCGACCAAGCAUGUUUAAUGGAAUCAAGCCGGAUUUUGUGAAAGCAGACCAUAGCGAUGAAGUGCUUUUUGUCUUUGGAGUGCCUUAUUUAGGCGAGGCAACAGAAGAGGAAAAACUCCUCAGCCACAGGAUAAUGAGCUACUGGGCAAACUUUGCCCGUCACGGGGACCCAAAUGGUGCAGACCUUAUUCGCUGGCCAGUCUAUGACCAGAAAGAAGAGUACCUGCAGCUGAAUUUGCAGCUGUCUGUGGGAAAGAGCCUGAGGAAGGAUAAGUGGGAGUUCUGGACCAAGACCUUGCCUCAGAAGAUGAAGGAAUCACAGCCAGAAAAUGCCCGGGUGGAGUUGUGAUCUCUAAGCACAACUGUUUUUGCAACAGUUGCAGACCAAUGACACCCAAUCACUUCUUUUGAGUAGUUCCUUGGCCUCAGCUAAAGGAUAUUGCAGUUUUGAGUGAAAUACUUUGACUCUCACUCAUUACUCUUAAGAGAGAAGAAUUUAAAUGAUAUUCAGAAGGAAAAAAGUAUUAAUAUUGUGACUACCAUAUGCCAGCCACUGUUCUAAGGAAACACUUUUACAAGUGUCACCUCAUUUGAAAGGGACCUUCCAGUUCUGAGACAGUGGGAAUCUGAUGAGACCAGUCAAUCCACCCUGUCUCUAGAGGAAAAAAACCCUAGUUCGUUUCAUUGAAUUAUAGUGGAGAUGGUUUUAUUGUCUAUCAUUGUACCCCUAGGGAACUUGAUAGGGAAAGAAUUAAUGCGUGUUGAUUCAUUGAAUGACUGAUUUAGAGCUGGAAGAGAUAUUAGAAAUCAUUGAACAAGAAUGAACACUGAGGCACACAGAAAGGAAAGGACUUGUCCAAGGAGACGCAGACACUAAGCAGCCAGGUCGUCUGACUCCGAAUCUGAGCCUCUUCUCACUACAUUGAUCUACUGGAUGUUUCUGCCCUGCUUCAUCAGUUUCCUAGCAUUUUCCAGAUAACAUUUCUACGACGAGAUAAUGUGGGACACUGUGGGUCCUGAAAACAAAACUUCAUGAUAAUACCACAAGUCAAGUGAUUCCUUAUUUGCAAACGAGCAGCCCACAUUCAAUGUAGUUCUUCUACAGGGUUUCUUUCAUACAGAAAAAAAAUGCAAAAUCAGAGGAAAUGCUUCCUCUACUCUGAUUAAUUAUACUAACAAGAUAUCUCACAAUAUCAAAAUAUCACGAUACAUGCAGAGGUGUGCUGGUCAAUGUUUAACAACCAGUUGUCUGAAAAACCCACAAGACAUACUUUUAACUUAUAUUAUUCACAUUAUCUCCAUCACUUUCUUAAAGUUAGAAAUCAACAAAACAAUGACCUAAACCCUAAUUUGUAGUGGAUGCCAAUUAUGAGGUGUAAAUGCUCAUGCUGAAAAUUUAACAACCAGCUCUGGUACAAGUUGGCUCUAGCCCUUCCCUGGGAUACAGGCACACAUGGCAGUAAAACAUUUUCUUCAUCAAAAAAAAUCAAAUAUUUAGCUAUUAAAACCUUUUCUGUCACUAAGAAGUGUUUGAUUAAGAAAAUGAGGCAGUUGAUAUAGAGUUCAGGCAAUUAAGGAAGGAUACAGAUGACAGAGUGUGAGGAUAGGUAGGUGGCCAGGUCUCCUCACGUGUGGACCUUACAAUAGCCUGCAGCCCAGUUUCUCCUGCCUCAGUUUUCUUCCCACUCCAGCCCAUUCUCCAUUCAAAUCUGACCUUGUCACCCCCUAUGUGAUAAACUCUAGUCAUUCCCUUUACUUCUAGGAUCAAAUAUUAAACCCUUGUCUGGCUUUUAAAGACCUUCAGAAUUUGGCCCCUCCCCACUUUUUCCUGCACUUUACUGCCUCUCCCGUACUCUUUGGUCCAGUGACAUUUGCCUCCUUGGUGUUCCUGGAACAAGAUACUGGAUCUCUGGGUACUGGGCACUCUCUCUGGCUGCCCCCAUGCCUGGAAUGCUCUCCCUCCUCCUCUGCCCCUCCUGGCUUCCUUCAAGCUCAGCUAAAAUCUCACCUUUUGACAGAAGCCUUUGCUAAGAUCAUCCCCUAGUUUGCCUUGUGUAUGUUUAUCCAUAGGUGUUUGCAGCUUGUCUCCCUUCAUUAGAUUGUGAGCUCUGUGAGGACAGUUUUUUACCUCUCUUUGCAUCCCCAGUGCUUGAGUGCCUGGUGUGCUCUACUUGACUUGUCACCCACCAGCUAUGUCAUAAUAGAAUGUCUUUUUCCUUAUGAACUCAGUGGGAAUAAUAAAGAUGACACCACUGACCUGCCAGAGUUAUUCUGAGCACCAGAGAGUAUUCAAGCUGGACAAGAGCUUAAAGAAUAUCUGAUGCAGGGGCAGCUAGGUGGCACAGUGGAUAGAGAACUGGCCCUGGAGUCAGAAGACCUGAGUUCAAAUCC